AUGGCGUUAAAGAACUUUAACUACAAUGAAGAAGAUGAUGGCGUACUUCCUCCACUUGUUACAGGUGAAGAAGACAACUUGGCUAAAAUAUUAUCUAAUUUAAAGACCGAUGGCGGGGUAAAUAUUGUUAGCGAAGAGAAGAUCAAACUGGCUAAUAAGCAGGUCGAUGGCGACGAUAAUAUUGAUAGAAGGAUCCCAGUGACAAUAAUUACAGGCUACUUAGGGUCAGGGAAGUCCACUCUACUCGAGAAUAUUGUUUUAAAAGGUUCGGAUAUGAGAAUUGCUGUAAUAUUAAACGAGUUCGGUGAUUCUUCAUUAAUUGAAAAGUCUAUGACGAUCAGGAAUCGCGGUGAGUCUUAUGAAGAAUGGCUUGAUUUGGGUAACGGUUGUUUAUGUUGCAGUUUAAAAGAUGUUGGUGUUAAGGCCAUUGAGGCUAUGGUAAAAAGAGCGCCUAACAGUAUUGAUUAUAUUUUACUGGAAACCAGUGGAAUUGCAGACCCAGUUCCUAUUGCAAAGAUGUUUUGGCAAGAUGAAGGUCUGAAUAGCAAUAUAUAUAUUGAUGGGAUAGUUACCGUGAUAGAUAGUGAGAAUAUUCUUUCAUGUAUUGAUGACAUUGCUCCUGACGCACACUGGCAUGGGGAAAAUGUGUUACUUGAAGAUAAUAUUACCAUAGCACACUUGCAAAUAGCCAUGGCUGAUGUUCUUAUACUGAACAAAAUUGAUAGAGUUAAGGGACCAGAGGAUGCUGCUAUAAAGGCUAUCGAGGAACGAAUUAAUGGAAUUAAUGCGGCUGCUCCAAUUCAUCGCGCGGAGUUUGGAAAUCUUGAGUUGGAAAAGAUUCUAAACCUGCACGCAUUUGGAGCAUCAAGUGUAGUAGAAUCCCAUCCGACCUUCCACGACCCUCGCAUCCACACCAUUACACUGACAUGCAGGCGUCUUCGAGACAUGAAUGAACAGUUGAAAGUAGAAGAUUUCCUCCAAUCAUUGCUAUGGAAGGACCAUGGCAGAGACACUCAAUUCAAAAUCAAAAGGGAUUUUGAGGUCCAUCGUACAAAGGCCUUACUUAUCGUGGGAGAGGAGUAUAAGGUCUUACAAGGAGUGCGCGAUACGUAUGAUAUUUUUCCUGGUACGGAGGUACCUGGUGUAUCAUGUUGCAGAUUUGUUCUGAUUGGCAAGUACUUAGACCAGGAAUACUUUCAGGAUCUAUUAAAUACCUCAAUUAUAUAA